GGAGAUAUCUGCUUUCAGCCGCUAAGCGCCUCUGUCAUGGCGUCCUCCUGUUCUCUCAGGCAUAAUGUGUGUAAGAGCAGCAGAAUAUUGCGCAUUCAUCUGCAGAAGUCAUGGCCUAAUAGGAGUUUUGCUCUGAAUUCUGCUGCAGAUCAACAACCUGCCGUUUCUUCACCAGAAGAAAUAGUCAUUCCAAGGAAGAAAACAUGGAGCAAAGAGGCUGUCUUACAAGCUCUGGCAUCCACUGUGAAAAGGGAUCCUACAGCCUCCGAUUCCAGAUUCCAGGAUGAUCCAUAUCUCACUCCAAAAACAUCAUCAGAGUUUAAAUUAUUUUCCUUGUCCCAGGAGUCAGGCAGAAAUGCUGCCAAAUAUUUCAUCAAUACAUACCCGAAAUACUUCCAGAAAGACUACGCACAGCCUCAUAUUCCUUGUUUGAUGCCGGAAACUCUUGAGGCUCAGAUAGAGGAGGCGUCUGAAGCUGCUCUCAUAGAGAGAAUUCGGAUGAGAAGAGUCAAAGCUGCUGUGGAUCUGUACGACCAACUGCUGCAGGCCGGUACAUCAGUGUCAUUGAAUGUGACCAAUCAGUUGUUAGAUCUGAUUUGUUUCUGUGGAGAUCAUGAUCUGGCACGAGAGAACGUUCCAGAACAGAGGAAUGAGGAGACGGAGGAUGUUCAGGAUGAACCGCAGGCUAAAGAAGGAAGAGCACCUAAGGCUAGUGGUUUACUGAAGGCCACCUGGAAAGAGAAUAAUAAUGCAGAGAGGAUCUUUGCGCUGCUGUCAGAGCCAAACACGCAUUCAUACAGCGCUCUGAUACGAGGCAUGGUGAAGUAUGGUGCUUAUUCCAAAGCAUUCAGCACCUACACCGACAUGCUCAACAACCGACUGAAAGCUGAUGUGCACACGUUCAAUGCCCUGAUCACAGCCGCCCCGGAAGUAAAAGAGAAAUACAAUGAAAAAUGGGAGCUGAUAGUGGAUCUUUUGAAGCAGAUGGCGGAGCAGAAGGUCAAGCCGAACCUCCUGACGCUGAACGCUGUCCUGAAGGCUUUGAGACACUGUGGCACUCUGGGCAAAUCUCAGGCCUUUCCUGUGAUCAGUGAGAUGAAGGCUCUCUCCAUCGAUCCCAGCCUGGCCUCUUACAAUCACUUGCUCGCCAUAUUUUAUAAAACAGGUGCCCCAAUUCAGGGCCAAACGGACAUUCUACAGGAAGUGAUGAACGAGGUGUCAGGGAAGAGCUUCACUGCACAGGACCCUGAUGAUGGUAUCUGCAUAUCUUUACAGCGGUGUUUAUUAACUUAUGUUCAAGUGGGUGUGAAGAUCACAAGCGUGGCGCAAAAACAUUUGAUUAGCUCAGGGGACACUGAAAAUAUCAAACAGUUGGGCCAUGCCAACAGGCAGAAUCUAGUGGAAGAGUUGCUGACACUUAUGGCAAGAGAGAAGCACAAUCAGGAGGUGCAGGAGUCGUUUGCUGAGUGUGCGCUGGACAUCAAGAAAAUAUACGACACGGGUGAUCGGGGCAAAGUUUUGCUGAGCUGGACUGCCGGUUCUCUCAGUGACCUCAUCUCUGUAUUACUAGCAGCUCAUAGGAGACAGGAUGCCUGGGAAAUGCUGAAACUCUUCAAAACACACAACAGAGUUCCAAGUGAGGAGCUGUUGAACAAGUUCUUGACGUGUGUAAAGGAGGCUGGUGAAGUGAAUCAGGCGGUGGAGCUGGUGCAGAUCUCAGCUGGCUUCUGUUUGCCUGAGACCCCAAAACUCAUCCAGAGGGUCCAGCAGGAGUUUGAGCUCACAGAGGGGCAGAGGAACAUGUUGUCUGAUCUGGAGAUCCAGACCUUUAACAGCAAUUAAAUCUCGAGGCUGAGAGACAUUCUGCAGUGUGGAUGGAUCAUAGCAGCUAAAUAUCUGGAGAAAUGUCAAUGUGUUCAUUUUCAAUGUCAUUAAUAAUUGUGUACUUAAACAUGCUUGUCACAUGCACAGAUUUUAGUCUUCAUUCAGAUGGAAA